AUUCCUCACAAGACGGCGAACAGUCAUUCAGUACGGUCCCCGCGCGAUAUGAACUGUAGUGAUGUCAACAAUCACAUUGUUAUCGAUAAUUUGUUCAAUCGGCUUUAUCGCUGCAGCGUAUCUGGAAAAUGAAUCAUUCAUGAAGCCCAAACUGGAGAAGAACAAGAUCGUAAACAAAGGUGUGUGGAUACGAAAAGCAGGGGACGAUCACCCAUCAAAGGGAGGUUUAGGUGACUUUAUAUUCAGGGAAAGUUCCCUAGAUGCAGAUAGUUUGCUUCGUAACAACUUUGAUCCGUUCGGAGAGAAUUUUAUGCCAGACUCUGUGAUGGUCCCCAACUAUAUAGAAAGGACAAAAAGAUCAGCAAAGGACGGACAUAUUAGAAAUAAGAAUACAACCGAUGAAAAGAAUACAAAAAGUGACAAAGCAACAUUUACAAAAUCUAAAAUAACAUCAAAAUUCAAACCAGGAAAAGUAUUUAAAGAUUUUCCGUACGACGUCGCGAUAAUGUUAACAAAUAAUAAAAGAGAGCUAAUAAAAUCUGAAGGAUCAUCUUCCAAAGAUGUUUACGAUACAAGAGAAUAUAACUUUUCAAAAAUCAUUCCGGAUUUAGCUCUCAGUAUAGACAAUUUAGUCAAAAGUGAAUCUCAAAUCACAAAAAAUCAAAACGAUACAAGCACCUACCAAAAUACAACAAUUGUGAUCCCAAAACGUAGCAUGCAACGUGAUUAUGAAUCAGAAAUUAUAAAGAAAAUUGAAUUCAGCGAGGAAAUGAACAAAACAGAAGACAGUUUUGAAUCUAAUAAAAUGGAUCGAAACGUAUUCGAAGGUGACGACAGAGCUUGGCAUCAGACGGCACCAUUACCCGACGUCAAUGCUUACAAGAUUUUACCAAAAACAGAGGAAACUAAGCCAAUUAAGAAUAAGCCAAUGACUGAAAAAGGCUUAGUGAAAGUAUUAUCAAUGUUAACAAAAACUUUCAAGAAAGUAAUGAAACAACAUAACGAUAUUAAAAGAAUACAUACAAAACUUACAUCUAUUAAUGAUGAAUUUAUGAAAAAUGCUCAGCUUUUAAUGACAAAGUUUCAAGAUUUCGAUGUAAAAUACUUGUAUUUGAUGAAAUUCAAUGAAAACUUAAAGGAUUUAGAAGCAAGAUUACGUAGCAAAGAAGAUUUUUACAACAAUAAGGAAAGUGAAUUGAUGAAGAAUUUAGCUGAAUUCGAAAACCAACAGAAAAAGUUCUUGAUCCAACAACAACAAUUUUAUAAUAUUCAAAAACUCAUGUUGGCACAGAACGAAAAAAUAAAUUUAAAGCAAAACUUAAUAGCGAAAACUCAAAACGAAAUAUCACUGAGGCAAAACAAUUUCGCUCGAAUCUUAAAGAAAGCAAAACAGAUUUACAUCGAUACUAAAAAUACGAUACCACAAAAAUUAAGUGCGAUGUUAACGAAGCCUAAAGAUAACAAUGAAGUUAAAAAUAAUGACAAUGAUAAACCUAUUGUAACCACAACUAGUACUCAAGCACCAAACACUGAAUCAGUGAAGAUCAAUUUAUUUUCAGUACCUUCAAUCAGUCGCAUUGUAAAUUACGACAACCAACUAUUGAAGGAAAAGGACGAUCAUCCUGUAGAUGAUUUAAUCUACAAAUAUUAUUUCAAUAACACAUACAUUGAUGUCUUAAUGAAGAAUAAAAUCUUAUCAAGUUUCGUACCAAGUCCAGGAAAUUCGUUCACGCGUAAUGCCAAGAAUAAGAGAAACGAACGUCCCAGAUUUGUACCGAAAAGCACUAAUCUUAUACCUGUAAACGAAAUCAAACCUUAUAAUCAAGUCAGUAAGUCUCCUAAUUUGAAUCGUGGUAAACGUUGGAUUAAAUAUUCUAAAAAAACUGGAAAAAGAAAACACAUCGGUAAUGAUUUUAACGUUGUUUUGAAGAAAGAAGAUAUGAAACUAACAAAUAAAACUAACAUUAGUUACAAAGACAGGCCAUUUCCAAAGAAGAUUAAAAACGUACCUACGAAAGAUCCUUUCAUGACAAUGGCGUCUAGUUUUUGUAAUGAGAUUGGUCAAAACGACAAUGAUCAAAUGUUACAUUGGUGUAUAGAAAAAGCGUUGAGAAGACUUCGUGCAAUUGAAAUGAAAGCAGCACGGCCAAUAAUCGUUGCAGAACAUACGGAUGUCACGAGUAAAGCUACGCCGACGCGAAAUGUACCAAAGAAUUCGGAGGGUGUCAUUAUGACUACGUUAUUUGGAGCAGAAACAACGUUUACAUCAACAACUUCGACCACUACAGAGGCACCUACGAGUGAGUCAAGUAGUACAGUUUCACAAGAACCCACAGACUCUGCAUUAUUCUUCCCAGAUAACGACCAACUGGAGACUAACCUAAAACAAUUUGAAUUUAACCGAGACACAGAAGGUACUGUUUACUACGACGGCAGUGUACACGCUAGUCAAUUUGAAGGUCCGGAUAGCGAGGGCGUAUCGGACCUGCUGCCGGACAUGGACAGCGACUCGCGAGUCGACAUUGACCCUGUGGCCCUCGACCUGCAGCAGAAAAGACGAGCCUAUGUUCGAAGGAUCAACGAAGACAUAAUGCGGAAAAUGAAACAAGGGUAGAAUAAGUUCUAUAAUGUUUAGUUAUUGUGAACA